AUGUACAGCCGUCGUUCUGGCCAUCACAACACCGGAGAAAAGAUGGCGUACGCCAUGUCUGUGGAUGAGCUAACCGGGGCUUCCAUGUCUGACCACCGUGACUGUUUGUCUUCCGACUGUCUGACCAUCGGGAGCUUCGUUAGAUACCGGAGAACUCAUAGAAAUGCCUCGAGCUGGCCCAAGCCUGCAUUCCUAUUACUGACGCUGAGAGGGGGUCCCAAGGGACCUCCCAAAAACUUAAGAAUCCUCAAGUUGUGCGGACCUGAAAAACUGUCGACCCCUCGGUCGACAAGAGAAAGAAGAGGAAAGUCGACUCUUGGGUUGACAAGGAAACGGCCGAACGAUUUGACCAGCGAGGGAAAUACGCUGGUUAUUUACGAGUGCCGAGGGAAAAAGAUCUGGGUCGACAAAGACACAAUGGUUAUACCCUCGCACUCUCUUUCCACCGCCACUAAGGGUACGACCAUUGUCAAUGGGGGAGUGAGUAAAAGAGGUGGGCUGGCAAUAUCACUAGAGGCCUCAAAC